AUGGACCGUUCCAUCGCACCGAAAAGCUCUGCGCCGCGUUAUGCCUUGAAAGCACCAGAGCGACAAGUCGCCUUUCGACGAGAACAUAUCGCGACAGAGAGAACAAAUCUACUCAUUAAGCCGCACAGGAACGACCAGUCAGACCGUGCAUAUAAGAUCUCGGACGAAGAGGGCUCUACCGUAUUCACAGCGACUGGUCGGAAAUACAAUGAUCGCUCGUGUCGAGAACUCCGCGACUCAUCUGGGUUACCGUUGUUUGACAUCCACACGAAACCCUUGUUAAGUCCUCUAAGCUGGGUGGUCACAUUGCCCGGGGGCAAAAUCAGCGAGGGAACAGUAGCGAAGGCGACACCGAGCUUUCCCUGGUAUAGCGACAACUUGGUCUUCUCAUUUCGGAAUAGAGCCUCCGAAGACAGGAAAAGCGUGGAGAAUAAGCAGCUCACGCUAACUGUCAAGAAGCAUAGUAAGGCGCUGGCCUUUUUCGAUAUUGUGGAUAGGGAUAGGAGGAUUGCUGAGUUGCGCGAGAGUAUCGUCCACAACGAGCGACUGGCUUUGAGGCGGACGAAUCGCGGACGAGGCCAUCGCCCUGCCUUGGAUCUCAUUGUGAGUCCUGGUGUGGAUAUUUCACUAGUGACGGUAAUUGCGGUCAUUGUGUCUGACUGGUUCUUCGGAUCGAGUUAA